UAGCAAAUUGAGCAAGACACCAGAGACAGUGGUUUUGGCCUGGAAACAGGAAUGAGAGCCAAUUCAGUUUCAUUCUGAAACGCAGACUGGGCCAUUCAUAUAAACUGGAGUUAAAGAAUUGAAUCAGGGUUUUAAGAGCACCUAUUGAAAGGAAAACAAUUAUAGAAAAUCUAUAAAGUUCUAAAUCCAGCUUAUUCCUCCCCUAAUUGAAGAGAAAGCAAAACCACAAACUAGAAAAGAUCGAAUCGCGGAUUUAAGAAUUUGAUGACUCAAAGGAAUUGAUGUGGUUAAUUUACCACAGGAAUUAAAAAGGAUCUUAGUAUCUGCCUGAGAUGUGAAACUGCUUUACAUACACUAAAAGAAAUUUGUAAUUAACUGAUGUAGUUUGAAGCUUUGUGUACUGCUUCGUGGAUAAAUUUGGAGGAAUUAUUUCCUAGGACCACACACCUGGCUAAUGGAAUAUAAAUAGUUGCUGAAAAGAAUACUGACAACUUCAAGGCAAAAUGAAGUUCCUUUUGCUGCUUGCAUUAGCGGGGCUCUGCGUAGCCCAGUAUGACCCUCAUACCAAACCUGGGCGGACAGCGAUUGUCCAUCUGUUUGAGUGGCGCUGGGUUGAUAUUGCUCUUGAGUGUGAGCGAUAUUUAGGUCCCAAGGGAUUUGGAGGGGUUCAGAUCUCUCCACCCAAUGAAAAUGUUAUUAUUACUAAUCCUUUAAGACCUUGGUGGGAAAGAUACCAGCCAAUUAGCUACAAAUUAUGUACAAGAUCUGGAAAUGAAGAUGAAUUCAGAGACAUGGUGAAUAGAUGUAACAACGUUGGUGUUCAUAUUUAUGUAGAUGCUGUAAUUAAUCAUAUGUGUGGAAAUGCUGUGACUGCAGGAACUAGCAGUACUUGUGGAAGCUACUUCAACCCCGGAAGUAGAGACUUUCCCGCUGUCCCAUACUCUGCUUGGGAUUUUAAUGAUGGCAAAUGUAGAACUGGAAGUGGAGACAUUGAAAGCUAUAAUGAUGUGUAUCAGGUUAGAGAUUGCCGUCUGGUUGGUCUUCUUGAUCUUGCAUUGGAGAAAGACUAUGUGCGUUCCAAAGUUGCUGAAUAUAUGAAUUAUCUCAUUGAUAUCGGUGUAGCAGGGUUCAGGAUUGACGCUUCUAAGCACAUGUGGCCUGGAGACAUGAAGGCAGUCUUGGAUAAACUGCAUAAUCUGAAUACAAAGUGGUUUGCUGAAGGAAGUAAACCUUUCAUUUUCCAAGAGGUAAUAGAUCUUGGUGGUGAGGCAAUUUCAAGCAGUGAGUACUUUGGAAAUGGCCGUGUGACAGAAUUCAAGUAUGGUGCUAAGCUUGGUAAAGUGCUGCGCAAGUGGGAUGGAGAGAAGAUGGCUUACUUAAGGAACUGGGGAGAAGGCUGGGGUUUUAUGCCAUCUGACAGAGCACUUGUCUUUGUGGACAACCAUGACAAUCAGCGAGGUCAUGGAGCUGGAGGAGCAUCUAUUCUUACAUUCUGGGACUCUAGAUUGUACAAAAUGGGAGUUGGAUUUAUGCUUGCCCAUCCUUAUGGAUUUACAAGAAUAAUGUCAAGCUUCCGUUGGCCAAGAUAUUUUGUGGAUGGAAGAGAUAUCAAUGAUUGGGUUGGACCACCUAAUGACAAUGGAAUUAUUAAAGCAGUUACUAUUAAUCCGGACACUACAUGUGGCAAUGACUGGGUCUGUGAACACAGAUGGCGUCAAAUAAGGAACAUGAUCAUGUUUCGUAAUGUAGUUGAUGGCGAGCCUUUUGCCAAUUGGUGGGAUAAUGGUAGCAACCAAGUCGCUUUUGGAAGAGGAAAUAAAGGAUUCAUUGUCUUUAAUAAUGAUGACUGGACUUUGUCUCAGACUUUGCAAACGGGUCUUCCUCCUGGAACAUACUGUGAUGUUAUUUCUGGAGAUAAAAUUGGUGACAAGUGUACGGGAAUUAAAAUCUAUGUUUCCCGUGAUGGUAAUGCUCACUUUUCUAUUAGUAACACAGCUGAAGAUCCAUUUAUUGCAAUUCAUGCUGAAUCCAAAUUGUAAAAAAUUUAAUUAAAAGCAUAUACUCAGAG